CGCCGGCCCCGCCGGCCCCGCGCCAUGGCGAAGCAGUACGACGUGCUGUUCCGGCUGCUGCUGAUCGGGGACUCCGGCGUGGGCAAGACCUGCCUGCUGUGUCGCUUCACCGACAACGAGUUCCACUCGUCGCACAUCUCCACCAUCGGUGUUGACUUCAAGAUGAAGACCAUAGAGGUGGAUGGCAUCAAAGUGCGGAUACAGAUUUGGGACACAGCGGGCCAGGAGCGCUAUCAGACCAUCACAAAGCAGUACUAUCGUCGGGCCCAGGGAAUAUUUUUAGUCUAUGACAUCAGCAGCGAGCGCUCUUACCAGCACAUCAUGAAGUGGGUCAGUGAUGUGGAUGAGUACGCACCUGAAGGUGUCCAGAAGAUCCUUAUAGGGAACAAGGCCGACGAAGAGCAGAAACGGCAGGUGGGGAGAGAACAGGGUCAGCAGCUGGCGAGGGAGUACGGCAUGGACUUCUAUGAAACAAGUGCCUGUACCAACCAAAACAUCAAAGAGUCUUUCACACGGCUGACGGAGCUGGUGCUGCAGGCCCAUCGCAAGGAGCUGGAGGGUGUCCGGACACGUGCCAGCAAUGAGGUGGCCUUGGCAGAGCUGGAGGAGGAAGAGGGCAAACCGGAAGCCCCAGUGAACUCUUCAAAGACCUGCUGGUGCUGAGGGUCCUGUGAGGAGCAAACACACCAGCCCCAUCCCACCAGGAGCCUGUGGCGGGGGGAUGGGGGGCUCUGCCCGGCCCUCCCUUCACUGUCACCCUGCUACUCCCCGCCUCGCCCCAGAGCAGCU